CACAAGAAUUUCUUGCCAAUCACCUAUGAAGCUCCUGAUUUUGAAGUUGCACUUCUGCAAUGAAGAAAAGGAGACGGCUCGCUGCAAAUCUAAACGAAAAGGUUCACCUUGGCCAUGAGAAAGACGCUUCAGAGCAGAUUCUUGUAGUAGACUGUGCACAGAAAAUUGUCUCAAAGGCUGCAGAAGUAGCUCCUGCAGAUCAGCGUGAAUCUUCCAAAGAACUUUCGCCAUCACCAGAACAAAGAAAGCUCCUAAGCUCAUUGCAGUAUAACAAAAAUCUACUGAAAUACUUAAAUGACGAUAGACAGAAACGUCCAUCAUUUUGUGAUUUACUCAUUAUUGUAGAAGGGAAAGAAUUUAGUGCUCACAAAGUUGUAGUGGCUGUUGGGAGUAGUUAUUUUCAUGCCUGUUUGAGUAAAAAUCCAAGCACUGAUGUUGUCACCUUAGAUCAUGUAACUCAUUCUGUCUUUCAGCAUCUGCUUGAGUUUCUUUACACCUCAGAGUUUUUUGUGUAUAAAAAUGAAAUUCCGUUAGUGCUGGAAGCAGCAAAAUUUUUAGAUAUCAUAGAUGCAGUGAAGUUACUAAAUAACGAAAGCAUUUCUAACGUACAGACUGAUGUGGCGACUGAUGUGCCUACACCAGUAGAAACACUCAAUGAACUGACAGGUAAACUAUUAAACAGUCAUCAGUGCACUUUUUGUGGUCGAAGUUUCUGCUACAAGAAGUCCUUAGAAAAUCAUUUGGCUAAAGCCCACAGAUCCCUUUCACUGGAAAGAAAGCAUGGGUUAAAAAUGGUUGAGAAGGCCAGCCUUUCCACUAGAUGUUCUACAAGAAACCGCAAAUAUCCAGCUAAACUGGAUAACAGUGACAAUGAAAGUGAUGAUGCCUCUGACAGCAAUUUGGAGAAAGUCAGUUCUGACAAGGAAACGUCUGAUAGAAGUGAAUUUGAAGACAGUGAAAGUGAGUGCAAUGCUGAUGAAGAGGGACAGGAAGAGGAAAUGUCAGGUGAAGAUUCAGAGUCUGAAGAACAAAGUGAAAAAGAACAGAAUGAUGCUGAAGAGGGUUCUGAGGCCGUUGAUUCAAUGGGAAAUAUUCCUGAAGGCUUAGCUCCAGUCGUCAUUCAAAGCAGUAGCAAAAAACUACUGCAGUGUCCCAAGUGUGACAAAAAAUUUGAUCGAAUAGGCAAAUACGAGAGCCAUACACGUGUACACACGGGUGAGAAGCCUUUUGAGUGUGAUAUAUGUCACCAGCGCUAUUCAACAAAGUCCAACCUGACAGUGCACAGAAAGAAGCACUCCAGUGAUGCUGACUUUCAUAAAAAGGAACACAAAUGUCCCUACUGCAAUAAGCUGCAUGCAAGCAAAAAGACGUUAGCGAAGCACGUGAAGAGGUUUCAUCCAGAGAAUGUACAAGAAUUUCUUUCUAUCAAAAAGACAAAGAGUGAAGGUUGGAAAUGUGAUAUUUGUAAGAAAUCUUUCACUCGAAGACCUCAUUUAGAAGAGCAUAUGAUCCUUCACUCUCAGGAUAAACCUUUUAAGUGUACCUACUGUGAAGAGCAUUUUAAAUCCCGAUUUGCAAGACUGAAACAUCAAGAAAAAUUCCAUCUCGGGCCUUUUCCUUGCGAUAUUUGUGGCCGCCAAUUUAAUGAUACAGGAAAUUUGAAACGCCAUGUAGAGUGUACUCAUGGAGGAAAGAGGAAAUGGACAUGUUUCAUCUGUGGAAAAUCUGUUCGGGAGCGAACAACUUUGAAAGAACAUCUGAGAAUUCAUAGUGGAGAGAAGCCUCAUCUUUGCAGUAUUUGCGGACAGAGUUUUCGUCAUGGAAGCUCUUACAGACUUCACCUAAGAGUCCACCAUGAUGACAAGAGAUAUGAAUGUGAAGAAUGUGGGAAGACAUUUAUUCGGCAUGAUCACCUGACAAAACAUAAAAAAAUACACUCAGGUGAAAAAGCACAUCAGUGUGAAGAAUGUGGAAAAUGUUUUGGCCGUAGAGAUCACCUUACCGUUCAUUAUAAAAGUGUUCAUCUCGGAGAAAAAGUUUGGCAAAAAUACAAAGCAACAUUUCAUCAGUGUGAAGUCUGUAAGAAAGUUUUUAAAGGCAAAUCAAGUUUGGAAAUGCAUUUUAGGACACAUUCAGGCGAGAAACCCUACAAAUGUCAAAUCUGUAAUCAGUCUUUUAGAAUUAAGAAGACAUUAACAAAACACAUGGUUAUUCAUUCAGAUGCUCGACCUUUUAAUUGCCAACACUGCCAUGCAACAUUUAAACGAAAAGACAAGCUGAAGUAUCAUAUUGAUCAUGUUCAUGGAUCAAAGGCUGCAGAAGAGGCAUUGACAUCUUCUUCAGAGGAAAAGCUAGUCCCCUUGCCAGUGCAGUACACCUCUGAUGACAAAGUUUACCAAACUGAGGCUAAACAAUAUGUGGAACAGUCCAAAGCAUAUCAAUCAGAAGCCAAAACUUUGCUACAGAAUGUAUCUACGGAAGUAUGUGUGCCUGUGACUCUGGUACCGGUUCAGAUGUCUGAUCCACAAGCUGAUCUAGUACAGCAUACUACUCAGUCACAUGGCAUUCUUCCUCCACAGCCUGAGCAGACAGAUUAUCAACGAGCAACAGAUCUGUCAUUUCUAGAGAAAUACACUCUUACUCCACAGCCUGCAAAUAUUGUUCAUCCUGUAAGGCCUGAGCAAAUGUUGGAUCCUAGAGACCAGUCAUAUCUUGGAACUUUACUGGGGCUAGAUACAGCUCCUACUGUACAGAAUAUUUCAAACAGUGAACAUUCAUGAUCAGACCAUAACAUUCCACCUAAUUUACUAAGCCAUUAGCCAACAGAAGGCUGAUAUGGCAAUUAAAAUUUAUAUUUUAUAUUUUAUUUGGACUCAUGAGUCUUCUGCAUAGUUUUGGAAAACCAGGUUUGUUUACAUGAUAUUUGAACAUUUAGGC